UGGUUGAUCGUGCGACAUAUGUCAAAACAGGUAUUGCAGAAAGGCGUCAUGGUCAUUUUGUAAACUGUUUUAUUAAGACAUCUAAAGCAUUUUAAUUAAUUAUUGCGCCUUACCUUUGCUAAACCGGAAAUUACGCAACUGCUUCGCCCGGCGUGAUCAACAAACCGGAACAAACAGGUCGAAUUCGAUACAAAUGUGCAUACAAAUCUCAGUACACAGAGUUCUUAGGAGAUGAAAGGAGUGCGAGUAAAAAGAAAAGGGAAGCCCUACUGGACUAGACGGGCUUAUGGGAAGUGUUAAUGCCUGUAAAUGGGAUCUUAUGUAGCCGCAAGAUUGUGUCGCUGAGUGAUUCAAAUUCAAUGCGUUAAGUCACAGAGCAACUGCUACUCCGGUUGUAUUACUGUUAAGUCGUCUGCAUUUUAUUUUUUUUACCUAUUGUUUUUAAUUUAAGGGAGCUAUUAUUGUUUUUAAAGGGAGUAGCAAAGUCGCUGUUUAUAACCGCGUCAUGGAAAUGUCUUGCACAAGAGAACAUUAUCAAAGGAAAAGCGGGGCGCCAAGAGUUUUGUGGUGUCUUCUAGGAGCCUGUCUGUUCUCCGCUGUUUUGGGAUACCGACCGAUAGUAAUUGUCCAUGGACUAUUCGACAGCUCCACUGAUUUUGUCAACCUGAUACGCUUUAUCAACGAGUCCCACCCAGGUACCAACGUGUCGGUGAUCGACCUGUUCGACAGGAGCGCCAGCCUGCAGCCGCUAUGGAAACAGGUGGAGGGCUUCAAGGAGGCCAUCUAUCCCAUAAUGCAAAACGCUGACGACGGCGUCCAUUUCAUCUGCUACUCGCAAGGCGGGCUGAUCUGUCGGGGCAUUCUGUCCACGCUACCUGACCACAAUGUGCAGACCUUCAUCUCCCUCUCCUCCCCUCAGAUGGGUCAGUAUGGAGACACAGAUUACUUGUCUUGGGUCUUCCCCAAGUUCGUGAAGACGGAAGUGUACCACCUGUGCUACACGGCCUGGGGCCAGACGAUAUCCAUCUGCAACUACUGGAACGACCCUCAUCACAGAGACAUCUACUUAAACAGUAGUGAUUACCUGGCGAUACUGAACAACGAGAGAGAAAACCCCAACGCUACUGAGUGGAGAAACAACUUCCUGCGCAUCAAAAAGCUGGUGCUGAUUGGUGGACCAGAUGAUGGCGUCAUCACUCCUUGGGAGUCAAGCCAAUUUGGAUUUUACAACGAGAAUGAAACUGUUGUGGAAAUGAAGAACCAGGAGGUGUACCUGAGGGACACGUUUGGCCUGAAGACGCUGCAGGCUCGUGGGGACAUGGUGCUGUGUGCCCUGGCCGGUGUAGAGCACGUCAAGUGGCACUCAAACCAAACUGUCUUCACCACCUGCAUGGAGAAGUGGCUCACAUAAGGCCCUUCCCUCACAUAAGGCCCUUCUCAUCGUCCGCCAUUUUGGGUGCUCACUGCUCACCCAAAGCCCUUCCCUCCCGUCCAUCCACAGACGUUCUGCAACUUGGUUUGGGUACCGUGGGUACCGUAGGCCCUUCCCUUUCCUUAUUGUCCGCCAUUUUGGGUGCUCACCCAAAGCCCUUCCCUCCGCAGCUGUCCUCCAUCUUGGUUUUGGUACCAUGGGUAAUAUUCGAAAUGGUCACUCGCUCAUUCACUGUGUUAUAGUCUGAGGGGUCAGAGUAAAAGUAGAAGUAAAAACGUGCGAAAGUUUCCUUCCAGCAGUGGUGAUGUCACCAAUUAACUGGUCUGCAAUUACUGUAGACUGCAGUACCUGUAUUGUGAUCAGCUGAUUCUGCGCUGGUUGUGUCACAUUUCUUGCAGUUUUUUUCAAGGUUUUAGUUUUUUUCAGUAACAAUACAAUCAGUCUAGUAAGUACAAAGGAGUAACUGGUGUAACAACUAUGUAAUAUCAUGUCACUGGUGGUGUACUUGGACCAUGAAUUUACUUCUACUUUUACUUUCGACAUCUCUGACUGUAGUGCAAUUACACAGAGUAGAAAACAGUGUGACAGACACUCCAUACUGUGCACUAUGUAGUGAGUGAAUGAGGGAGCAUUUCGGACAGCGCCAUGGAUCCAACCCAAUCCACUCCACAAACAAACAAAACAAACCGUCCGUCCACUCAAAUCAUUUACCCACCGACUCACUCACCUACUCUACUGUACCUGUGCCUUUUCCUACAGAGAGUGAGAUGCACACAGUCAAUGCAAGUCAACACCAGACAAGCCAACGUUGGUAUCUUUUUCAGACGUGUUUCACACAUACAAAAACGAUAUACUAUAUUUUCAUGUGGUUUUAUCACAGUUCAGAGGACUACGCGAAACGCGUGUCCUCACCCUCUGCGUGGAAAAUGCUCAUUAGUCAACUGCGAUGGUUCUUACAGUUCGCUCGGCACACGGAAACACUCAACAUACAUCUUUUUGUACCAUUUGUCAAUGUGUGCCUAGAGUGCAAAUCUCAUACUGUAUGUUAUGUAUGAGACUUCGUCCAUUGGUAAAUUAUUGUGCCUGAGAACAUUUGCUGCCCCACUGCAAAGUGUAACAGUUUGGGUCAUUUAAGGGAAUUCAGUCAAUGCAAGAUUAUAUCAUGUUCAUUUGCAUAUUUAAUUAUGUUGUUUUAUGUCCUAUGUGACGAUGUUUUCAUUUUGUAGAGGAGACCUAUAGUACCUAGUAGAAAUCAUGCCUUAAGUGUUUGUUUAGUCCAUUGUAUCAGAAGUGCUUCACUACAUGUGAUCAUCCCUUGGUAACCACCUCUUGCAUCACUGAAGUGAGGAUGUUGAUCAAUUAAGGAGAUUGAUUAUAUGUAACUUGUAGAACAUAGAACCAACUUUAAAAACAGCAAAAAACUGACACCUGUUUAAAGGGCAACGUUUUUCAUGUUGGUUCUCUUGUUUACCUUUUUUGCAGUGUAUUAUACCAGGUAAAUAAGCAGUUUGUUUGUUUGUGAAUGUUACAUCUACAGACAAGCCAACACAUUGAAUAUCCAAAUAUUUCACCUCUCCAAACGUCCCCCUGCCCAUCCAUAAAAUCUGAUGCCCUAAAGACACAUUAUUACUGUGUAAGAGAGAAGAAAGGGAAAGGGAACAAAGGAAAGGAGGGGGAAAGUGUACUUCGGAAGAGAAGGGCAAUGCUAGACUGGCAUUUACCUAUCUAAGUGUAUUGCAUCCUUUAUUUUCCAUGUUAUUAUGACAUACCUCUCAUCCAGCUCAGACAAAUCUCAGGCGAGGAUUAGACAUCUUUUUUUGCAUAAAUGAGGCUCCUAAGAUGAAAACGGGCUGUUUUUAUUUUUCUGACAGUAGAUGUAUCAAUGUUCAUAAUUGUGCGUGUGCGUGUGCGUGUGCGUGUGUGUGUGAUGAGAGAGACAGGUGAGGGACUGUAAAGUUAGUUUGUACUUGCACAAUGUGGUUUAAAGGGUAAAUGGCUAUGGAACAUUAUCCUUUAGGAUGGCAAGAGAGAACCUUCUAGUGUAAAUAGUUUGGUGGAUAAUGGCAGUAUUGUAGUUUUUAAUGACCUUGUACAUAAUGCUUGUUUGUUUUUUUUCCCUUGCAUUUGAAAAAGGUAAAUGGAUUUUAACCAAACUAAAAGGAAUGUGGGAAAAUAAUUUCCUAAUUAUCGACUUUCAGUGUCUGUCUUGUUAUAGCAUCUUGUAUUUUGUUUAAUUUGAAAAAAAGGGAUUUUCUCUGUUGCAAAACACAGGUCAAAAUGUUAUUCAUUUUUUUCCCCAGUAGUAUUGACCUGAGACACCACCACUUAGCCAACACAUCUAAACAUUCUACCUUUGUCUUUUCUUAAUGUCAAGCCAUUUUUAUCAUGUCUUCUAUGUCAUCUUUUUAUGUCAUCUUUCUGACAUCACAUUGCAUAUAAUAUAAUAUUUCAGUGAGGGUCAGAGUUUUACUCACAUUGUGAACAGAAUCUGUUGGAAGAAGUUUAAAGGUCAUAAGGGCAAUGUUGAUGGUCAAUCAUAACGGGUUCCACAAAUAUCAGCGUGAUAAGUACAUAUACAAUGUCAAGGCUCAGAAUGGUUAAUGCUAUGGUUAUCUGACUUCAAUUAACUCUGUUCUUACAAGGAAAUAUCUGUGUUCACUUAUCUUUUGAACAAAGCAUUUUUUAAAAUUGGUGAAGUUUCAAGAUUUUAUGAUAUCUGAAAUGGAAACCUUUAAGAAGCUGUUUGACAUAAGGUGGCUUCUUUCCACCUAGUGAUUGGUUAUCAAUGUGAGCAGAGCAACAAAAAAAAUGCACGCUUUCUUUCUGCAGUGUAUCAUGACAGUUUUUUUUUUCCUGUUCUCUUUUCUAUAUGAAAUACAAAUUGUACCAAUGUGCUUUACACUUUCUAAGUAGACAUAUUUGUCCUUAACGUUUAUAUAUUUUAAAGUGAGUAAUUGUUGCCCUUGGAAUGUUGUUGAACUUUGUCUGCUCUGCUACAUUAAAUGGCAGUUUUAAAAUUGA